AUAGAAGUGUGGAAUAAUUUAAGGCAUUUGAAGAAAACUGCUACUGGUCCAGACCUAAUACCAUACUGGGUGUGGAAGGAACAUGCGGAAAUAAUAACACCUAUUAUUCAUAAAAUCUGGAAUUUAUCCUUGAAAUCUAGUACGUGGCCUUCUUCGUGGAAAAGGGCAAACAUUAAUCCGUUACCCAAAGUUGAUAUGCCUAAAGACAAGACUGAAUAUCGAGGAAUUAACAUUACAUCAGUUAUUGCGCGUGCUUUCGAGAAAUCUGUGUAUAACAUACAUACUCGUGAUAUUGUUGAACAGUCUUUAAGUUCUACCCAGUUUGCUUAUCGGAAAGGAGGAAGUUGUGAAGAUGCAUUGUUGAGUAUGCAACAUGAGAUUUACAGUUAUCUGGAUAGUCCAAAUUGCAAAGCUGUUAGAUUUUUCACGAUGGAUUUUAGCAAAGCAUUCGACAGUGUAAGACAUGAACUCCUGGUCCUACCCGCUCUCUUCAAAUAUGCGGACGAUUCCAACACAAUUGUUCCAGUGUGGAAAAAUAAAGAAUGUCGAACUGAUUUGGUGGGGAAAUUUUUAACUUGGUCUCGAGAUAAUGACAUGAACUGUAAUCUAGAAAAAUGUAAAGAACUGAUAUUUCGAAAGAAGGGAUUCAAUCAAGUUAUUUCAUCGGUUUACAACAUUCCACAAUGUUCAGAUAUUUCCGUUUUAGGAAUGACACUUCAAGAAAAUUGUAAAUAUAGUUUACAUAUAAAAGCUAAACUACUCAAAGCAAAUAGAUGCUUGUAUGUUAUAAGAUCUUUGCGUAAAGAAGGUGCAUGUCAGGAAGAAGUAGAUAAGAUUUUUAACAGCUUGGUAUUACCCAUUUUCACCUAUUGUCUUUCAGUAUAUGGUGCGUCUGAUUCGGACUUGACUGUUGUACAAAAGUUUUUAGAUAGAUGUUUCAAAAGACGCUAUGUCUCCCAUUGUAUCAAUUUACGCGAACUUUUGGAAGCUAAUGAUAAAAAACUUUACAAUAAAUAUACUUCAAUGAUUGAACAUCCUUUAAGUAAGAUUUUACCUAAGAAAAAGAAAACGAAUUAUCACCUUAGAAAACAGAGCAUUAUUCAUCCCAAGAUUAAUACAAAUAGAUUUAAAAACACUUUUGUAAAUAGA